UUUUUAUUUUGGGUUAGGAUUAGAAUUAGGGUACGAUUAGAGUUUAUUAUUUUUUUGUAGCAUAUAAUUGAGUUACACUACUGCCAUCUACUGGGCUGUUUUUACUAUUCAGACUAUGUAGGAAAAGUUCAAAAAGUUUGUGUUGGACUCUAUUUCUGGAUUUAAAAAUCUGGUGGGAACUAGACGAGGAGUUCCAACUUGAGGAUCACACCUGCUGUUUAAUACACUUAAAAUGCCAACGUUUCUGGCAGACUCAAGUACAGACAGACACAGACACAGACACACACACGCACACAGACCCAGACAUGCACAGCAUCUCAAACCCCUGUAAUCACACAAUAUUGCUUUUGCACUGUUGAGAGAACAGACAAAUUGAGGAGCAGUGUUUUUUUUUUCUUUUAAAUUCUCUAAAGGCCAAAGACCAAAUGCAAUUUCCUUUUUUUAACUCAGGGAAAAGUUUUUUUUUUUUCCCCAAAGUGUUUGUUGCUGCAGCUUCAGCUGCCUCUUCCCUUCAACAGCGUGUUCUCGAGACUUUUUCUCCCACUUCUAUUUAUUAAUAUUAAUAUUUCUGGACCAAUUUUCUACCGUCUGUUCCGAGUUGUUGACAUAUUUAGUUUAUUUUGGCUCAGUAGUAAUUAUCGUGAGUUGUUGUGUUUUUUUGACAUCUGUCUUUUUUUUAACUAAACUUUUACUUUUUGAAAAUUCUUUUAGGCAUUUUGAUUUUACUUUCUGCAUUUUUGUUACUUUGUUUUAGUAUUUUGUGUUGUAUUUGGAUAUUUGUUAGGCCAUCAUCUUCUUUAGCCCAGUUCUAAUUACUCUGUCACUGCUUUCUAUCUUUAGCUAAUGUUCAGAAAUGUAUUUUUUUUCUCUGUCAGUGACAUUUUCUUUCUUUCUUUUUUUCACUUUAUACUGUAAUAAUAGGGACAGAUUCACAGCAGGUUGAUAUUUACCUGAUGGCAGUGAAAGCAGCACAUUGACCUUGGCAGUGUAGGUCGUCUGAGGGUCAAAGGUCAUUGUUCUCAGUGCAGAUGAAGUCACCGACACAGACGUUAACGGCUCACAGACGCCUGAGCUCCAACCAACACAUGACAGUGAUUCAACUGCACAGAGAAACAACUGUGUUGAUCUGAUUUUGUCCACAGUCUUUUUUGUUUUCCAGGAAAGAGACAAAGAAACUCCUUUCAUCAUCUCAUUUGAAGUCGACCUGAGGGUAAAAUAUUUAAUCAGGAAGAAAGAAGACAACAAGGUCAGAGAUGAUGAUCCGUACUUGGAUGAUUAUUGGUGCUCAGACGAUGAACGGGAGAUUGAGAGAACGAUCCAGAGCUGCAGAGGCGACGGCUCAAGGAGUCUGCUGUUGAUAUAUGAAACCUGGCUGCAGUGGGCAGCACGUUAUCCCCCUGAGUUCACCCAGAGGACGGGUCGGCAAAGAGCUGCGGACGAUCCCCUCAAACCUGUCAGGUCUGGUUCAUGUUCCUUCAGCCGAGGUUGUGAACUGUACAUCGUGGAGCAGUGAAAUCAAAUCUAGACGAUGACUGCAGCAUGAAGGAGUGGCAGACAUUUGACUGUGUCCCAUCCAUCACAAUGAGAUGAACACAGUCCCGGCCUGAUAAGCCGGGCCCGUGUCAACAGGCCGUCAAUGAAGACAAACGAGGAGGGAGGACGAGUCCUGCAAGUCCACAGUCUCAUUUAUCUUCUCUGUCCCUCUCACUGUGUCUCUUGCCCUAAAGCCCCUGCAGUAAAUUACACCGGGGGAAUGCUGUCAUCUACUGGUGUGCAGAACCCCCACGUCCUCAGCUCCUCCACGUUCCUUCACUUCUGCAGGAACUAUUACGGUCUGAGGAGUUCAUUCUCAGCCACUGCCUCAUUGCACAGUUAUUGCAGCAGAGCCAAACACCGUCCCGGCGGCGUGACCGCGCUGGAUGUGCGGGCAUUUUUUCGGCCUACAGUCAUGUCAUCUGAGACAUUUAAUUGGACUCGGGCCGCUGCGGGGGGUUGGACAGUGGCUGUGUCUGCCCGCUGCGCCCUGUUGUGGCGCUGUUGUGGGGGAUAACGCGCAGGCAGACCUGGAGCUGCAGGGCUGCCUCUGACUGACACGGGAGAAGAGGGCGAAUUUACUGAGAGAAAAAAAAAAACCUUCUCAGAAGUGACUGAUUUCUCUUCCUGGAGUGCACGUGGAGGUCAUCGUUUGCACAGGAACGUUUGGCAGCUCCUCUGGACCAGCGCGCGUUGGCGCACGGCGGCUCAGAGACGGUACUGCGCCUUUCUCUUCAACACUGGGCAAACCUGAGGACGCACACUGGCGGUUAGAGAUUGACGACCGAAGAGGUUUCUGGUUCUGACCCGCAGGAGCUUCAGGAAGCAGGGUUAAAUGAUCACCUCAACCAGAAGAGUGUCUCCAGAUAAAUCUGAAGUUAGAAUCGCCUUCAGCCUCGAUGACACAUCAGAUGUAAAAGAUGUGAAGGACCUCACACAGACCUUCCCAGACCUUGAGCAACGAUUACAGCCGGUUCUGCCCUGUGUCUCUCUUAAAGAGAGCGUCCAGGUGUAUAAGGAGCACUGCAGGAUGGCCAAGGAGUUCCACCAGGUCAAACAUGAGAUCUCUGUGCUAGAAGACCACAAGCGUAAACUGUUGGCAGAGCUGGUGGAAGACGAGAAGGUCGGCGCAGAGAUUGCUCGUCUAAAAGAAGAGUUUCGGCGUCUAACGGAGGAGAACCGCAACCUGGUGACUGUUCACAACGAGCGCGCCCAGCAGCUAGAGAGCCUCUGCAGGAGCAAUGGCACCACCCAGGACUCCUCGUGACCCCUGAACCUCCACUGAACCUCCUGAGACCCACAGGACUCUAACUCCAGGCCAGACAGUUUUAAUGCUUCUUUUAGACAAAACCAGUCUGUGAAUCAGCUAAAAACACAGGCGGCAGUAGCGUUUAUUCAUGUCUGACUCAUUCAAACCACAGACGUUCUGUCAUCGUCGGCGUGAACGUUUAUACACAGCCGUGCCAGUAGCUUUUGUUUUGUCGCAGAACCAUUCUGGUCACUUUUCUAAUCUAUCUUUACCAUCGACUCUCGCGUUAGCAGCUGUAAAUGUGAGCCGACAUCUGUCUCACGUCCUGUGGAGACUCGUAUCCGUAAAGUGAGGUCUGUGGGGGGAGCUACAGGUCGAGAAGAUGUGGUCCAAAUAUUGUAUUUUGAACAAAUUGAGUCACAAACUUUACAGUACAAACUUUAUUCACGGGAGAGUUGAUACACGUUCUUUAAACGCAAUAAAGACCAGAAUCUGUAAUUUAACGAUUAUUAAAUUAUGGGCGGGACAGUUUCAGUAGGAGACAGAUCUGGACUGCAGGCAGGCCAGUCAAGCCAACACGCAACGUAACCUAAAUGAGUCGUGACAUUGUCCUGCGGAAGAAUCCCAGUACGCAGUAGGCCGCUGUAUCAACAUGGCAUCUUUGUAGUUCAAUAGAUGUGCUGUGUUGUACUGAGAAACAUUUCGUUAAACGUUUUUUUAUGUAAAAACCCGUCUUGCUAGCAAAGAACAAGCCCGACGUUGAAGCUCCUUUUAUACUUUGUCUUGACACCAAAACACCAGAAUGUCUCCAUCUGCCUUUGCCUCCUUCACGUCCAACUUCUUUGAAUGCUGUUGCUCCCAUUCUAUUGAAAAAUCAGAUUCUUUUUUAACUCUAACAGUUACAUCUUUUCAGUCACACCGGGUUCCGAGUGAAUCAGCCAAGUAGAGAUUUGAGCUUUUAUUGCAAAAGAAGGAAGUGUACCAAUUCUUUAGAAUAAGGUGCUUUGUACUUUCCCGUCAGGGUCCCUCUGCAGUAGAAGGGAGAAGUAACGAGUGUUGACCACAGGUCUGAGGGAUUAGGAGAACUGCAGUUGUACACGACACUGAUACUUUUCGAAAAAAAAAGGUUGUACAUUUUUUAACGUAGCCUGUUGAAGCGUAACCUGUAGAAGAGGAAGUACAGUGUAUAACAUGUUAAACUGACACUUGUGUUCCUCACGUAAUAAAAAUGAAAACAAAUGCCUUUUAUUGUAAAUUUGGCUUCAGUUCUGUUCUUUGGUAUCAUUUCCUCUUAUCUCAUUCACUGCCGUGUUUGUAUGAGCCAGUGUUUCUUACAUAGAAAACAGAACUAGAUGUGUCUGUUAGCUUAGGGUUAGCAAUUACAAGUACAAAGCAACAAAUAUCCAAAAGUUUACAGUGUUUUUUCUGCAACCAAAUGACACUGAGUUGGACAGAAUUACUGCAGUAGAAGUUACCAGUGUUUACUAUGCAGUGCAAUAUGCAUAUUCAUAUCGAUCAACCGAUUGCAGAAAAUCUUAAAUCUAAAGAGAGGUCCAGGGCUGUAUUGGACAUUGCUGUAUAGAGUUCUACAACCAUACAAUAUACUGUAUAUAUUUAUUGCCAACGAA